CAUGGCUCCGGCGCUGGGGCUGGGGCCGCUCCUGGGGGUCCUGGGGCCGCUCCUGGGGGUCCUGGGGCCGCUCCUGAGGGCCCCGGCGGGGGCCACGGAGGUUCUCCACUCCCUUCGUUACCUGCGAGUGGUGGUGUCGGAGCCCGGCCCGGGGCUCCCCCAGUACGUGGCCGUGGCGUUUGUGGACGGGACCCCCUUCGUGCUCUACGACAGCGAGCGGGGCCGGGUGGAGCCGCAGGCUCUGUGGCUGGCGGCCGGAGCUGAGCCGGGAUAUUGGGAUACGGAGACCCGGAUCAACAAUGUGUACCAGCACAAGGACCCCGAUGACCUGAAGACGCUGCAGAUCCGGUACAAGCAGAGCGGGGGUCUCCACACGCUGCAGAAGGAUUCCGGCUGCGAGCUCCUGUCCGAUGGGAGCGUCCGUGGAUCCCAUCGGGAAGGCUAUGACGGGCAGGAUUUCAUCUCCUUCGAACUGGGAUCCAAGAGCUUUGUGGCGGCCGAUGGCGCCGCCCAGAUCACCAAGAGGAAAUGGGAAUCUGACGGGACCAUGGUGGAGGAGUUGACAAACCUCUUGGAGCACACCUGCCUGGAAGUGCUCUGGAAACACGUCUGGUACGGGCAGGAGGCGCUGGAGCGAAAAGAGCCCCCCGAUGUCCAUGUCUCUGGAAAAGUGGAACACGGGAUUCUGACGUUGUCCUGCCGUGCAUACGGAUUCUACCCUGGGAUCAUCGGGAUCAACUGGCUGAAGGGGGAUGAAAUCUGGGAUCAGGAGACGGAGUGGGGCGGGAUCGUUCC